UUUACAAUAUACUGAUACGAUGUUUGGAUUGUUUGUUUGGAAACUCUUAGCGAUCGCUGCGGUUUUUAAUCAAGUUUUUGAUGUGACAGACGCAAGACCCAGUCCCUAUUCUGGUCAACGCAGUACCAAUUCCAACACAAAUUUAAAUAUCAACGCCCAAGUAAAUCCAUCGCAACGCAAGUAUCGGCGAGCGCAAGCUGCUGACGAUGAAAUUCGUCAGAAAGAGAAUGCCGACAAAAUAAUUGAAACAGCGGCCGUCGCGACGGCUGCCGCGGACGCUGCGAAAACGGUCACGAGAAUGCUGGCCCAAAAACUGUCCGAGAGUACUGCCAGCGCUGUCGCGGAUGCUGUUGUCCGAGUGCUCACGGAAAAUGCCAGUGAGCCGGUCCAGACUGUUGCCAAAGUCGCUACUAGAGCAGCAAUUGCUGCUGCACAACGAAAAGAUUCUGAUGCCAACACUAAUGUCAAUGUGAUGGCGAAUCGGCUUGAAGGAACGACUCCAUCUUCUGACAAUUCAACGCCAAAUCCGACGGAUUCAGGAAAUGCUGGAAAGUCAAGACUUAAUGACAGUGAAAAGAAGGACGAAAAUUCCGACUCUGACGAUGAUGACACAUCAGAUAAACCUUUAAAUAGUAGAUAUUAUAAUUACGGACUUCCUUGGGAAAGUCGAUACGAUUAUCGAAGAUCGAUGCUAGAUUCAAUGGAUAUUCCUGAGUCAAGAUUUUAUCAAUAUUAAUUAAGAAUUUAAUUAUCUUUAAAUUUUGAUGUUAUAAAAUUAAUAAACAAUUAUAAUUUAAUUUAAAUAUUUUUUUUUUAAUCGUGAGUUGGAAAAUUUUUAAUGAAAUUUGUUAAGAAAAUUUAAUUGGAAAUUAAUCAGUUUUUAAUUGAAAAUUAAAAUUUCAUGCUU